AAUAGUCCCUCCGCAGCCCCAAGCUUUCUCCCCCGUGGCUUCCCGUUCGGCGUCGCCGCGUCGUGGCUCCUUCUACCCAAUCGAUUGGUUAAUUCGGAGCGGCUGGGCGGGUGGGACGACGUAGGCGGCUGCCUGCUGAGGCUAUUUCAAACAUCGGCGCUCGCGGCGGCUGCUCUCUCGGUUCUCUCAAUGUCGCGUGCCUCCUGCCGCUGAAUCCAGUCCGACGAAUGCCGCUGCGAGCGGGGAGGAGGGAGCACGGAUUAACGGCGCGGAGAAAUCGCUUUUCCGCUCUUAGAUCCAUCGCCUCUUGCCUGAUACCGCCGCGGCAUGCCGUCAAGAGCCAAUCGAGCUCUAAUGAGGAAUCCAGGAGCAGAACGGCUGCUUUGCCAGACUUUAAAGGGCAAGAAUGGUUAGAUCGAUGUGACGCAGUCAUGAAAUCUACACUAUGAAAAUUUACCAAUGAGAUAAUUUGGCUCCUACCAUCAGUUGCUUCAUUCAGGCGUGACCAUUAUGAUGCAAAAUGAGACCAUGAGGGAAUGUACAUGCAGUCAAGUGUAUGCUUGCGUCCAGUCUCCAGACCUGAAUUGGACAAGGUUAAACUUGGACCUCAAAUGAAGUUGGGUUAGGUGAGCAGGCUCUCAUGUGGUUGCACCAAUAUAGAGCGACUAGUGACUUAUCUUGACAAAAGUAAGGAAAGGUGUCGGAAUCGGGAGAAGUAAAUUUGAAGAAAGUCAGUCAGCGUGGCGGGCUGGCCGCCCUUGUCUUAGUUUACUUGAAGCGAGAAGGAAAUUAGAUUGAUGUGAGAGCGAUUUCAAGAUCCUCGGUCGCUAUACCUGCGGAUGCUUUGAUAGACAUGGACCUUCUUUGGUCCUCGUUAGCUUUUGUUUUCAUGUAAGUUUGUCCUGUGAUAGCCAGUAAAAUAUUUUCCAUGCUAGUAGUUUUGUACCUCGGUCUUUGUUUUCUUGAAUGCUGUGGAUGCCUGAAUCACAUGAUGACGAAGCUCUUCAUUUUCCCUAGUGAUUCUGACUGCCAAAAGACGCAGUCUCAAAACUAAGGAAAAAUGCCUUUUGUGCAAUUGAUCAAGAUCUUUGCUCUAGUACAACCAUAGUCAUCGGGCACCAAAUUAGCUACACCAUUUUGACUAGCUGCCAAACACCAACCUGAAGGGGUGCCAUGGUUGGUUUCGGUUACCUCUGCCAAGUGACAAAAUUUUGAAACCUAUUGCAUCAGUUCGGUUUGCUCCAUGUGAGUCCACGCAUCAGAAACAUAUUGCAUUGGUACAGGCGUGGUGCAGGCGUACAGCUGCGUCAUUUCAUUACAAGGGGAAGUAUGCAUCCCAAUUCACUAACUUCUGUACAUCUUAUCGCCCGAUCGCCCUAUCCCAUGAACGGCAGCAGCAGAUCAAGGAAAAGAAAAUGAAAGCAGAGCGGCAGCGUAGGCCCCAGCCCCCAACCACCACCAUCCAUCUCCUCCCCUUCCAUUGUCAGCCUCUCCCACUCGCAAAAUGCUUUUGCUUUCCGAGCAAGAACAUUCUGCUUUGCUUUGGCUCUCCCUCACUCCUCUCACUGGUCCGUGCUCUGUUGCAGCAGUUCCUCGGAGGCUCAAAGCACGGUUCACACUGGCAGCAUCUUGUGAUCUGUCUCUCCCCUCUCCUCUCACAUUUCCCCAAUACCUGGAGUGCCGGGGUAGGAGCACAAGCACAGGCACCUACCUCUCUUGCUGGUUGCUUCCAUCAUCUGGCCACAAUUAUCUGGAUUUUGGACCAGAAACUCUCAUGUAGAUCCCCUGCUCCAGUCUGCUGCUAGAACUCGGCAAUCUCAGGAGGAUUGUCUGAGAUAGAAGUUGCUGAGAUUUGCCCUGCGUUGGGGCUCAAUCCUCUUCCCAGUCAGCCCAUAGAAGUUGCUGAGAUUUGCCCUGCGUUGGGGCUCAAUCCUCUUCCCAGUCAGCCCACCGGUGUUGCUUGGUUGUUGUUGCUGUGCUUCUUUCUUCCAUGGCGGCGGUGGCCUCGUCUUCUCCUCCAGCAACAAUUGUUGGGCCGCAGCCGACGUGGGUGCCCUAUGAGCCAACCCGGGACUGCUCCCAGGGCCUCUGCAGCAUGUACUGCCCGCAGUGGUGCUACUUCAUCUUCCCGCCCCCGCCGCCGGCCUUCGACCUCGGCGGCCCCGGCAGCGACGACUCCUCCGGCCCCACCUUCUCGCCCCUCGUCAUCGCCAUCAUCGGCGUGCUGGCCAGCGCCUUCCUCCUCGUCAGCUACUACACCAUCAUCUCCAAGUACUGCGGCACCUUCAGCUCCCUGUGGAACAGGUUGUUCGGCUCCGGCAGGGGCCGUGGCCAUGGCGGCGGCGGCUCGCGGAGUCAGGAGCCGUGGAGCGCCGUGCCGUCGGACGGGCUGGACGAGACGCUGAUCAACAAGAUCACAGUGUGCAAGUACAAGCGCGGCGACGGGUUCGUGGACAGCACCGACUGCUCCGUCUGCCUCGGCGAGUUCCGGGACGGCGAGAGCCUCCGGCUGCUCCCCAAGUGCAGCCACGCCUUUCACCUACCGUGCAUCGACACGUGGCUCAAGUCCCACUCCAACUGCCCGCUCUGCCGCUGCAACAUCACGUUCGUCACCGUCGGCGUGGUGUCGCCGUCACCGGAGCCGGAACGCCGCGGCACGCGGGAGGAGCGGACAGACAACCUCGAGCUGGUCCUGACCAUAGACGACUACUCGGAGCAGGCGCGCGACGAGCCCCAGAAUCAGAAUGCGGAGAACGGCGGCGGUGGCCAGGAGGCGCCGAAAGAUUGUCCAGGGAGAUUGGAGGAGGCCAGCGGCAUUGUCGAGAUCAAGGAGGACGGCGCGCCGCCAGUGAGGGCGUCGUCGUCGCUGUCGGACACGCACCGCGACGGCCGCAUGUCCAUCGCCGACGUGCUGCAGGCCAGCCUGGAGGACGAGCUGAUGAUGGCCCGGGAGAGCGGCCUCCUGGCAGGCUCCUCGGGGACGGGGUCGUCAAGACGGCUCCACGGGGAGCACAGCAACAAGGACGGUGGCGGCGGCCGCAGCGGCCGCGCAUUGCCGGAUGCAGCCAAGAGACUGCCGUCGGUGGGAAGAUCGUGCUUCAGCAGCAGGAGCGGCAGGGGGAAGGAUUCAGUUCUUCCGAUGUGAGGCCAUUGCUUCUCGGUGGUUCUUCUUCUGACUAGGAUACAUGACAUCGAUACUUUUUUGUGUGCGUGUGCUUCCGGUGAAGAUCAAGGUGCCAACUACCAAAUACUCUACCAAAGUCUGCAGGUUUCAUCUUGUUCCAAUCAGGAAUCGUGGUGCCACAGGCUGCAGAAACCGUCCGUCUGCAAGACUGCAACGGUUGAUGAGUGGGGAGAUCUUCUGCACCUGCUUGGUGUUUCUACUGGAUAAAUGUAUAGUGCUUGAAAACCAUUUUUUUUCUUUCCCCUCUUUCUUCCAUCUUGCCGCUCCUCCUCUCUCCAAAACAUUGGGUUCUACUACAGAUAAUCCCCCCCCCCUCUCUGCAUUAGUGAGUUUUAAGACUUAGGCCAAAGGUUUUUCUCCAGGCGAGAAGUGAGUCAGUUUCAGCACUGGCCAUUACUUUUCUACUAGUUGUCAGUUUAGAACAAUCAUUUGCUGAUGUGUGUGUUGAACUUGGAAAAGGGAAGUGUGACCGGUUCAGCGUGGUUCAUUGCCAGUGCCUGCCUCAAUUAUAGUGCGAUUUGGUUAUGCUC